AUGAUGCGAAAGGUAGGCUUGGUGCUGGUGGCAGGCGUGGUCGCCCUCGUUUCAGGCGAUAUCAGUCACCAUGUUAAGAGUUCUCUGCACCACCCACUACAUCACCAUGCUGCUCCAAAACAUCAUGUAGCCCCUGUACACCAUGCUGCCCCAGUGCACCAUGCUACUCCUGUACACCAUGCUGCCCCUGUACAUCAUGCUGCUCCUGUGCAUCACGGAAAGGGAUAUGCUCCUGCUUAUCCUGAUAAGCCUCCACACUACGCCUAUGAGUACGCUGUCAACGACGACUACGCCGGCACUCACUUCGGCCACUCGGAGGCUCGCGAUGGCUACAACACGGAGGGCAAGUACUUCGUGCACCUCCCCGACGGCCGCGUCCAGACCGUCACUUACUACGCCGACGAGACUGGCUACCACCCCACCGUCUCGUACGAAGGAACGGCCCACUACGACGCCCACGCAGCCGUCCCUCACCACGUCCCUGCCAAGGCUUACCAUGCCCCUGAACCACCGAUAAGACUUCUCUUCUCUGAGCUGCACGGUGGAGAUGAUCAUGGAGGAGAGCUGCUUAAGCCCAAAGAGCAUUCUGAGAAGUUUCCUUUAGGCGGACACACAAGUGACCUUCAGCGGUCAACGCAAGCGGCGCGGCUGCUAUAUAAAAAGGGCGGCCCUUCCCAGUCAGUCACAACCUUCUCAACCUCAACAUGA